AUGGAGAGCGCCCCUAACCGUGUCCAACGCGUAUACCACUACGGCGUUCGUCUCAUCAAUCUCGUCAGCGAAGCUAUCGCACCCUUGAUGGCGGCGGGCCUCAUUCUUGUCUUCCAGAUCCUCUGGGUUGCCUCGUUCAUUGUCUUCUUGUCAGUUUUUCUGGCCAUGGUCAUCGUGGGCACUACGGUGCUGGUCAAGUUUGGGAAAUUAUGGUCACUCCGCGGCUAG